GUGUUUGUCCAAUGAUCAUUGGAAAUGCCGCAAGGAAGCCUUGGAGAAACUAGAACGCUUGGACCAAGAUGCUGGAGAACUGGUCUUCUCUAGCAUGCGGGCCACGCUCAGUGAUGGCAACAUGCGUGUGCGGCGAGCAGGUGCUCAUGCCUUGGCGGAGUUUUGCCUACCUGAGGUCUGGGGCAAGAAGCCCGCCAGCUUCGGCGUGGAGGCGGUCUCUGAGCUGACUCGGCACCUUGCGGAUCCAGACCUUCAUGUGCGAAGGGCUGCUCGGGAGCCUCUGCGCGAACUGCAGACGAAAGCCUUCGUCGGGGAUGUUGUCGUGGCUGGGCAGUCCGCGAUACCCUACCUGCAAGCACGUCUCCGUGACGAGGACUGGCAGGUGCGUGACGCCACGCUUCGAGCUCUAGGGAGCUUGGGCCCAGGGGCCUUGACGCUGGGCCGGGACAUAGCGCGACUGCUGGCAGAUGACAGUGCCGUCUGCCGUGAUGCCGCGAAGUCAACCCUGGACAAGCUGCUAGGAAGCGGGCUUGCCGCUGCUGAUCUGCAGGUGGUGGUACCACCCAAUGCCGAGCUUUUCGUCGGGCGCUUGAAGCACAAGGAUCCAAAAGUCCGCUGUGCAGCCGCCUGGGCACUGGGCCACAGUGCCGCUGCCGUCAUCGGCUUGCACACGAUCCAGGACACCCUCGUCACGGAGUCUGAUCCCGCCAUUUUCCGAGUCGCAGUCGAGGCCUUGGGCUGGCUCGGCCUCGCAGCGCUCCCUGCGUCUCCGGAGUUGGGACUCGGGCUCAAAACUUUCCUUGCCCGGCCGAGGAGUCAGGACUCUCAUCCCACUGCGCCGCAGGAGGGCGCUACGGGGACCUCCGACACUUCGGAGGAUCCGAACAAGGUGGCCAUGACGGAGUCCAUGUUCAAGGUCUACCAGGAGCUACUGCUCGUCAUCGGCCGCGCCCUCAGCCGCGAAGAACGACUCAACGAGGCGCUCAUCAGGGCCCAGCACUACGCCUCAAAGCUUGGGCGCAGCACCAACGUCCAGCGAGAAGAGGGCGUGAUCUCGCUGAUGGAGCCCAGCCUCUCGCAUGCGGCGGCCGUCACAGAGAUGCUGCGGAUUCUUCUGGACCCCACCUGCCCCGGCGCGCAGGCUGGGAUGCUGAGUGUGCACACUGCCAUCGAAGCCUUGGAGAAGUUCAGGGAAGCAGGGCUGCUCGGGGACUUCGACACGGCCAAGAGCGGCCGUGACGUCGUCCAGGGCCUUCAGAGCUGCCUGAAGGACCCUUCCUGGAUGGUUCGCCUGUCUGCGGCCGAG